AUGGGAAAGCAUUCACUUGACUCAUUGGGUAGUGGACCAGUGAACAGAGUCCCAGGAAUUGUGGCCGCAUUUGGUGCCUCCGAGAAAUUUCCGCAUUCUAUGGACGAUAUUCUUUUCUUCGUUUUUGGGACGCUACUGCUCAAGGAGUGGACAUCCCAUUUCUCAUCUGAACUCACCGCUGCAAAGAAGUCAAGUCUGGACAACAAGAUAAAAAGCGCAGAACAGGACAUCAAGCGACUCGCACAAGCAGAAUGUCUCGCCCUCACUGCCAAAGUCAUCACCAAACUCCCGCGAGAAAUUCGUGACAUGAUAUAUCACCAUCUAAGUACAAGAAAAAACGAACGCAUAGAUCGUGAACACUCUCGCGCAACAUUAGACCCAUUAUCGAAACUAUACUCAUAUAAUCACGCUCGCUGGAAAGCGUCACACUUCCCGGAACACUACUGGAAUAGCGACUAUGUUGGUGCCAUGUUCUUCCACGAACUAAUCGAGAACUACUACCACACGUCAAACUUCAUCUUCAGCGACGACCCAGGAGUCAUGACGCGAUUUCUCAAUACCAACGAGUUCAGCAUGCCUUGUUUACCCAAAGUUCUCAUUUCCAACGUCGAGAUCCACCUCAACGCCAUAAGCUACGACCGCGGCUCUUUCCGAGCUUACAUGUUCGGUGUACCGAAAGCUCCUGAACGCCUACAAGAGCAGCUAGAACCGCUGUUUGAACUCAAGCAUGGCGCCAAGAUUUGCAUACACUUUUUGACUGAUACGCAAGAGGAAAGACAUCGCGAAGAACAUUUCCAGGCGGGGCUGGAGACGCUGUUUUCGAGUGUGCAGAGAGCAAAAUUGAAGGGGUAUCACAUUAAGUUUGUGGUGGAUAGGACACAUACUUUUGACCUGGAGGAAGAUUUGAAGAGCGAGUGGGCGAAUAUACACGGCUAA